UACUUUUAUCUGGCUUAAAAACUGAUUUCCCCGUUUUGGCCUUUUCAUUAGUGUUUACUACAGGCGUUAAAAAGUUCAAUUUCAGCUGCCUUCACUCAAAACGGUUCCUUUUCUCUUUAGUGUUCGGACAGGUAAAGAAUCGAAAAUGACAAUUAGGGUUUUUCUGAUCCUAACUCUAUUACUAUUCUCCUCCUCUUUUAUGCAAAUUGCAAGAUGUGAACUGGAUCCUGAUGCGGAUGCUGAUUCCCGUGAGGAUGGAGGGGAUCUUGGGACUGUUGGUGAUGAUAUCCAAGAUUUUAGUGGAGGAAGCUUUAGUCCAGCUGCAGGGGUGGAAACCAUAUGUGUUUUCCCCAAAAAUCCCUCAAAAUCUAUAGCAGCAGGAGAAGAAAGUGAACUUCUUGUUGGAAUUGGAAAUGGGGGAGAAUCAAGCAUAAAUGUUAUUGCAAUCCAAGCCACUGUUUAUCUUCCUUUUGAUCACCGUUACUUGAUUCAAAAUCUUUCGGCCCAGGCUUUUAACAACGCAUCUGUUCCUCCGUCAGCUCAGGCAACUUUUCCGUAUAUUUUUGCUGUUAGCAAGUUCUUACAGUCUGGUGAAUAUGAUCUUGUUGGAACUAUUGUUUAUGAGAUCGAUCAAAACCCUUACCAGAGUACCUUCUACAAUGGAACAAUUGAGGUUACUGAAGUAGGCGGGCUGCUGAGUGUUGAGUCAGUGUUCUUGUUUUGUCUUGCUGUAGCCCUCCUUGGUCUUCUUGGGAUCUGGAUACGUGGCCAAAUUCAGAAUUUCUCAAAGAAAACCAAGAGGGUUGCAAAGGUCGAAGUUGGAACAGGGACAACUGAUGCCGAUAUGGAUGAGUGGCUGCAGGGCACUGCGUAUACACAAUCUCAGUCGAACAAAUCAAAGAAGAAGAAGUAGACAACAGUUGAGUGGAGACCGUGAUUCUUGUAACAAAGCUUAGUGAUUCGACAUACAAGGAAAAUCAGGGGGAGGAGGUGAAGUCGUUCGUCAAUUAAAAGAGUUAGUAUAGGAAGGACUUACCUCGCUGUUGUAGCAUGAGGGAAAAACUACUACAUUUUCCUUUUCUUUUUAAAAGUUUUAACCAAUUUAUUGCCAAGCUGACUUAGAGUGAACUCGAGAAAGGUGGCGGGUUUUUGCAUGAGAUUGGGUAGUGAUUAUUUUCAUUUUCAAUUUAAGUUAAUCACAUUAGUGAACACUACACAAGAAAGAAACAUUUCGGUAUACA